AUGCAUGUCAACUUAUCGAAGACUAUCUACAAACUCGGAUCAUUUUCACCGCGAGCGGAAAAGCAAGGUUUCACAUUGCAGCCUGAAGCUGCUCCCGAAGGUGUCUUUCAUCGCGGUAAAUAUACGAUUAAAUCGCAACUUGUCGAUGAGAACAAGCAGAACUUGAUGACCUGGUGCUGGACUCUCAAAGUGGUCAAGAAAUGGUGA